UGGCUAUUUUGUGUUUCCAUGACUCCAGUGAAGGUUUAGAUAUGGUGGCUCAUCGUUUCCAUUACUUGUAGUCUUCAGGUUUAAUUUACGUAGUUUAUUCCUCUGUAAAUUAUGAAUCGAUGUAAUUUGUUACUGCGUACUUACUGUUUUUUGAUGAGUUUAUCAUUUGCAUUGGGAAAUGUUGUUUUCCAGCCAUCCUUUAUUUUCACAACAGGACCAGUUGUUGAUGCAUUCCUGGUUGACUUGAACGGUGCAAUCAAAACCAACAUAACCCUCACUGUAACUUUGGUUUCAGCUAACGACACAGGAGUAGCAUCUUGUAACGGUAGUAAGACUGCUGGCAAAUGGCAUUUGAGUCAAAGUCAACAUGGGGACCUAAUAAAUUUGACAUUAAAUUUAACUAGAAACCUGCAGUUAUGUCCACAAGUGCAAACAGAAUCUGAAACAAAUCUGAUAGACUGCUGUGUUGAAGAACUCUGUGUUGAAGAAAGUAUUCUGGUUACUGCCUGCCAAAAUAACGAUGUGUCUGCAUCUCUUUUGAUCCAAGCAACAAUCUAUGCCAAUUCCACAUUUACUGGAAAUGUAUCUAAUAAUGCUACUGUCAUUCCUAACCAAGUGUACCAAACUCUUGGGUCUUGCCCUUGCAGUCUCACAUCUGGUGCCUGUGAUAUUCGCUGUUGCUGUGAUGAGGACUGUUCCAAAGAAGCAAAACAGCUUUUUAGUCAGCAGUGUUACAUGGGAAUUUUUGGCGGAAAUGUGACUCCAGCAUUUGACCAGCUGUGUUCUGUUCAGGCUGUAGAAAAUGAACCUGAUUGGUUUCCUUUCUUGUGUGUACACUCAUCACUUCAGAAUACACCAUAUUUAGGUCUGUUUUAUCAAGGCUCUACAAUUGAUCCUGACCCAGCUCCAUCUUUUCAGAGGACUGUUCAGAAUAUACAGCCACCACUAAAUGGUUAUCGACAAGGUGAUCCAAUUUUUACCACUCAACAUCAGUAUUUUACCAUCUCACAGAACUCUGUGAGUGGGCAGUGCUUGACCGAUGCUCCUGUUGCUUUCCUCCAGAACUUCAAUGCAAACUGUUUGACACGCUUAAGUGCACCUGACUUUUCCUCAGUGCAGCUUAAUAAUGGCUUUGGAGAAAACAUCUUAAUUACUGUGGUCAACCGCACAGAGGAUAAGAAUGAGUUUAUAAGUAUUCCAAGUCAAGCUGCAGAUCUCAGCUCUACACAGCCAUCUAUAUUUUCCAGCCUUCAAACCACUGUUUUAGGUACUUCCAGUGCUCCUCAAGCAAAUGAAUCGUGUAAGGACUUUUUCUUAGCAGCAGACUUUACUUUUUAUUGGCAAGCAAAUUCGAUAACUAAUGUAUCAGUGACUGUUACUUAUGGAAAUGUCUGCCCUUUAGAACAAGGCAGUCUAACACAAAGGUUCAGUGCCACUUUUAUAAGUGUAAUGACAAAUCCUAACCAGAUAAAUGAAACAAGAUCUGGAAAUCCAGGUUACCAGAAAAACAAACCAGUGAUAGCAAUUAAUGGUACUACAGUCAUGCGUACUACAUUAAAUUUAUGGCAGCCAGUUGGAAAGGCACUGUGCGAUUCUGUAAGUACCACACCAGUUUUGUUUGGAGUAGAUGCAACAUCAGGCUGUCUUUUCAAGCUGGGUGCUGGUGUUCUCAACUGCAGCGUGCUAAGAGAAACCAUAUCGAUGAGUUUUUCUUCACUGGUGAAUGUCACCCAUGUUGCCAAGAGAGGGAACUCUGAUUUAACAGAUCCUAGUGAAUGGGUGGAAGUCAUACAUAAUACCACCCAGAGUACAAGUAAUACAACAGAUCACAGUGGCUUGUGUUCUGUUCCUGCUAACCUAAAUAUCCACAUCAUCACUGCUGUCAUUGGUGCAGUAGAAGGGGUUCUUCAAGAAGCAAUACUUGGAGUAAAGAUUAGCUUCUCCACAGUCACUUGGCAGCUCCAGUGUGGGGGUGCAGCUGUAGCAGAAUGUCAAAAUGCAAGUUCUGUUCAAUUGUUCCCAGUGAGCACAUCUGUACAGUUUACACGGAUUCCAGCACAAAGUCCCCCUCCCAUCACCAGUUUCCAGAUGAAUUACACAGAAUAUGACUGCAACAGGAAUGAAGUCUGCUGGCCACAGCUCGCAUAUCCAUUGACAACGUAUUAUACUGGAGAAUCCUACUCCCAGUCCAUAGCAAAAGGUAUGAUACUGGUGUUCUUUUUCAUAACAGCAGCAAUCCUUGGUAGCCCAUGGAACAAAAUACGGCAAGCAUGGAAUAAUACAACAUUCUGACGACUUAUGUGCCAUUAAAAAAGGUUUAUAAAAUGUUACUAGUUUUUAAAGUUCCUGAACAACAUUUAGGUGUGAAAUCUGAUAUCAGAUAAUGCUGAUUUAUUUUCAUAAUGCUUUUUGUAAAUACAGAUACAUUUGCAUUUAUACAUUUUGUAAGUAAAUAAAAAUAUUUUCCAUUUA